AUGACUACCAAAUCUCCGGCGGCCAGUGGCCAGGUCGAAGCCAUUGAGUACGUCGCUGGCGAGGACACAAAAGACAGCUAUGCCAUUAAACACCACCUCGAAUUCGAUGCUCCUUUGGUCCAUGUUCAAACCCUCAACGAGGCCGAACAUGUCCGCCUCGGCUGGCGCACUUGGGCUGCCGUCUUCUUCAGCAGCUUUGCUGUCAUGACCCAGACCCACGUGGUGAUCGCGGCCGGAUCUGUGAUUGCGUUCAUCAUGCGCGAACUGGGUACCAUGAACGCUGCCUGGAUCAUCCAGGGUCCCCUUCUCAUCCAGUCCGCCUUGGCUCCCACCAUUGGGCGGCUCAGCGACGUUCUCGACCGAAGAUAUUUGGCUUCUCUUCCACCUCUCAUCGCCUUCGCGGGAGCAGUCAUCUCCGCAAGAGCCACAUCAAUGAACAUGCUCAUCGGUGGAGGCAUCCUGAUUGGUGUGACUUUGUCCACGGUUUCUAUCGUACACGCCAUUCCCAGCGAAGUGCUGCCUCUGAAGUACCGUGUUAUCGCCAAUGGUCUUGGUUAUCUGGGAGGAUCUGUGGCCGGAAUUGUUGGUGUCCUCGGCUCCGGAGCACUCACCAAUGCCAGCCCGACCGGAUGGCGCAACAUUUUCUGGAUGCAAGCAGCAUUCCAUCUCGUAACCUUCCUAGGCUUGAUUGCGUUCUACCACCCUAUUCGAAAGUCUGACUAUCCGAAAAGCUCUUGGAAGCAGGUCAUCUGGGCAUGUGACCCCUGGGGUUCCUUAUUCUUUGUCUUCGGCUGCACCCUCCUGUUGCUUGCAAUGGACUGGGCCAGUGGUGCCUACGAAUGGUCCGAUGCCCAAGUCGCGGCUCCCCUAGCCCUCGGGUUUGUCUGUUUGAUAGCGUUUGGUGUUUAUGAAUGGAUUGGUCGCUCGGAUGGACUCAUCUCACACGUAUUUUUUCGCGGGUCCGCCAACUUCGCCAUUUCAAUGUUCUGCUUCACAGUCGAGGGCUGGCUCUUCUACAGCGCCGUGAACAGUGUCACCCCGCGAAUCAUUCUCAAUCUAGGCUUCGAAAGGAACGCCUGGAACGUUGCGAUCCGACAGCUUUCUCUAACAAUUGCAGGCCUGGUUACACCAUUCCCCUUGAUGUGGUACUCGACAAAGUACAAGGACAUCAAAUCCCCUCUGAUCUUCACUUAUGUGGUAUUCCUUGCUGUAGCGAUCUGUUAUUCGCUCAUCUCACCGAGUAUGAGCCACGCGCAAAUCGCGUUCCAGGUCUUGGCCGGCAUUGGCGUCUCUGGGCCGCUUUGUCUCCUUGUUACGCUCAUCCAGUUUACUGCUCCCCACGCAUAUUUGUCCACCGCCACUGGUCUCGCGUACUCUGCCAGAGCUAUCGGCGGGGCCUUCGGUGCUGCAGUUCUCGACACAAUUAUCAACGACAAACUCAAGUCUUAUCCUGAAAAGGUUGGCAACGCUGCAACUGAGGCCGGCCUUCCAACCUCUUCUGUAGCCACGCUAUUGAAGGCUUUGGCUGCGGGAACUCCAGUGUCCAAAGUACCUGGCAUGACUCCCUCGAUACAGGACUCCGCCUUGCACGCCAGUCGUUGGGCUUACACAAGGGCAUAUAGGCCUGCAUGGGCCAGCAUUAUUCCGUUCGUUGUUCUGGCGAUCGUGGCCACCUUCUUUCUGAAGAGCGUCAGAGAACUGAUGACCGAACGGAUCGAAGCGACAGUGGAGCGUGUCCCAGUAAGAAAUGAAGACGAGAAGGCGUAG